AUGGCGACAGUUUCUACGAAAGAAGUUUCGGUUGCCGAUAUCCCCACCAAAUUGGUCACUUUCACCGGUGAUCAAGCCACCGUUGUUCGGGAGAUUUUCACCACGGUCCAGCCGGGUCAAAAUGAAGUUACCAUCUACGGCCUAGAUCCGAAAAUCGACGUCGACUCGAUCCGUAUCGAAGGAAGCGGCCCCGCGACCAUAACAGACAUCCAGACACAAAUCAUCCCCCGACGAGAGAACUUCACGGAUGUGUUCCCCGAGGAUUCCGACACCGACGACGGCGGCGAUGAGGAUCCAGAUGACAUAGACUACGGGUUUGACGACUCGGAGUUACUGGCAACUCGAGAGCAGAUUACUGGUAUCCAAGCGAAGAAGUCGAAGGCCGCCGAUAAUUUGGCUGCGACUGCUGCGAAGCUGCAGUUCUUGGACAAAUACGGCAAAUCCAUGAGUCCCGAGACGACGGAUCUUUUCAAGGUCAAUGACUUUCUACAACUGUAUACGCGUCAGCGCUCCGAAGCGGCCGAUACGAGUCACGCGGCUGAGGUGGAGCUUCGCGAGGUAGAGAACGAGCUGGAGAAGCUUGAAACAAAGAAACAGCAGCUCGAAUCGAAACAGCAGAAGGCGAAAAAGGCGGCACUGAAGGAUUUCUAUCGUGCGCGGGAGGAGCAGCAGCGAGCGCGCAGGCAGAAGCGACAACAGCGAGAGCGAGAAAGGCUUGAGCGACGCAAAUUCUGGACCAACAAUGUCGGCCACGUGCGCGUGUCUCUAGACAGCAAUUCAGGUCCUACGCCUGGAUCGAGCCGGCGAAACUCGGUCGUUGACGAAGACUCGACUGGGGAACAUGCCAAGCCCGAAGCUGAUGUGACGAUCCUCCUGACCUAUGUGUUGCCUGGGAGUCAUUGGGCGGCGCGAUAUGAAAUGAAUAUCAAUACGCCUUCAUCAACGGCUCAGAUGACCUGUCUCGCGGAAUUCCGGAAUUCCAGUUCCGAAACCUGGCGCGAUACUCAAGUGGCACUGUCAACCUCGAAAGCGUCCUUCUCUGGUCUCCACGAGCGUGUCCCUUCCCUAGAAGCUUGGCACAUCCAGCUAGAUCCGGACAACGCCAGUAAUAAGCCAUCAUGGCAUAAAAUCCUGAAGGGUGGAGGCGAAGCUGGCGAGAAACCUGGGCCGAGUGCAGCGCGAAAAAAGGAACACGAGUUCCAGCUGAUGUUGCUUGAACAGCAAAAUAAGAGGAGACUGAUGAUGGCAAGGCAAGAGCAACAACAGAACGCACUCCAAGCACCUCAACAAGCAGCGCCGGGAGGUCUUUUCGGAUCAGCCUCAGGCCCAGCAGUCGGAUCUCGCGCUAGUAACCCAUUUGGAUCACCGCAACCGGUACCAGAAUCGCAGCCAGGCUCAGGCCUGUUUGGUGGCGCAAGAUCCCUUUUCGGAGGGUCCUCAAAUGCUGCCACUACCGCCCAAAUGCAGGCCCAACAGGCCCGACAGGCCCAAAUGCAAGCCCAACAGGCCCAAAUGCAAGCCCAACAGGCCCAAAUGCAAGCCCAGCAGGGCCAGAUGCAAGCCCAGCAGGCCCAACAGUCCCCUACCAUGCUAUUUUCGGCCAUGCCACCACCCAUGGCCAUGGCAGAUACCGGCAAUGUCGAUUAUGAGGAAGAUUAUGAGGAAGAGUUGGGGGGUGAAGAAGACGAUGAAGAGGAUGAAGAAGACGAGACCGCGUUGUCUCCCGAAAACUUGGACCACCAGGACUCCGUCACGCAACAAUACGGACUUACCACGACCCAUGAGCUUCCCGGUCGUCGCACCGUGAUUCCCUCAAGUGUCAGCCGACGUCAUAUCCUCGCCGAAUUAGACCUGGAGUCCAUGUCCCUUUCAUACCUCAUCGUGCCAAAGCAUCGCACCGCCGCCUUUCUCCGCGCGCGCAUCCAGAACACCUCUUCUGCGCACAUGCUGCGCGGUAAGGUGGGUUUGUCCGUGGACGGAACAUUCCUAGGCGCGAUUUCCAUGCCCAGCACCCCGCCCAAUGAGUUCUUCAGUCUCUCGCUGGGUAGUGACCCAGCCAUUCUGGUGAAGUACUCCAAACCCACCGUGCGGCCUGCGUCGGGCUCUUUCUUCGUGAAGGAAGAAGCGGCGGUGUUCCGGCGUAGCUGCUGGAUCAAGAACACCAGGGACACGGCCGUGGACGUCAACGUGAUGGAUCAGGUGCCGCUGAGCGAGCACGACAAGUUGCGCGUGCACAUCCUCGAGCCAGCGGGUCUCGCCGAGGAAGGAGACGAGACGGACCUCGAUCUGAGCGAAGACGUGGGGGAGGGCACGGCCGUCAUGGGGAAAACUGGGGAGAUUAAAUGGAGCAUUCGGCUGGAGCCUGGCAAGGAGGUGCGGACUGUGCUAGAAUAUGAGGCGCGAGUGCCGAGUGGGAGUGAGGUGGGUACGUCUUAUGGAUAG